AUGGCAAAGGGAAUGCUUACGUUUCAAAUGCUGUGGUUCACCAAGGAUAACUAUGAAAAUUGGUAUAUCCAUAUGAAGGCAAUCUUGGGAUCUCAAGAUUUGUGGGAGAUCGUUGACAAAGGCUACAAGGAAUCGGAGAACGAUGAUUCCUUGACUCCAACUCAAAAAGAGUCCUUACAAGGCACAAGAAUGAAGGAUUGGAAGGCCAUCAUGAUCAUCCAUCAAUGUUUGGAUGAUGGCAUGCUACAACGAGUUGCUAAUGCAACUUCUUCGAAGCAAACUUGGGAGAUUCUCCAAAACUCCAAUCAAGGAGUUGACAAAGUCGAGAAGAUUCGUCUUCAAUCUUUGCGUAGUGAAUUCAAAGCCUUACAUAUGAAAGAAUCUGAAUCAAUCUCAGAUUACUCUUCAAGGGUGUUGACCGUCAUAAAUCAACUAACGAGGUACGGCGAAAAUGUGAGUGAUACGAGGGUUAUUGCAAAAAUCCUUCGUUCAUUGGAUCCCAAGUUCAAUUUUAUUGUUGUAGCCAUUGAAGAGUCCAAAGAUCUAGACUCCAUGACAAUCGGUAAACUCAUGGGGUCACUACAAGCUCAUGAAGAGAAGGUUGUCAAAAAGCAAGAGACUUUAGAGCAAAUGUUACAAACAAAAAUCUCUUUGAAAGAGAAAGAAGAUUGUAGUGGGACAGGCGAAAGAGGUCAUGGACGUGAAAAUGGACGUGGUAGAGGAAGAGGUGGUCGUGGAUCAUCCAACAAAAAAGAAAAGAAGCAAGAAUGGUAUCAAUCAAGAAGACGUGGAAGAGGAAACAAUUCGAGAUCAAAUGAAGGGAGAAGUCCUUCUCAAAAUGCCGAAGAAGAAGCUAACUAUGUUGAAAAUGAAGAGAUAGAGCAAACUUUGUUGUUGGCAUGCAAAGGAGAAGAAAACGAAUAUCAUGAUUUAUGGUAUCUUGACAAUGCGGCUAGCAACCACAUGUGCGGUGACAAAAGCAAAUUUGUGGAGCUGGAUGAAACUGCAAGUGGUAAUGUGGUUUUUGGAGAUUCUUCCAAAGUUUCGAUCCAGGAAAAAGCACAAAACAAUUGGAGAAUCCAUCAAAUGGAUGUGAAGUUUGCUUUCUUGAAUGGUUUUCUUGAAGAAGAGGUUUAUGUGAAACAACCUUUGGGAUAUAUUGUGAAAGGGCAAGAAGAUAAAGUUUUGAAAUUAAAGAAAGCCUUGUAUGGCUUGAAGCAAGCACCAAGAGCCUGGAAUACCAAAAUUGACAAGUAUUUCCAAGACAACAAGUUCACCAAAUGUCCUUAUGAGCAUGCCCUUUACACAAAGGUCAAUGAUAAUAGAGAUAUAUUCGUGAUGAUAGACAUUGGCCUUAUGGCUUACUACCUGGGCAUUGAAGUGAAGCAAAUGGAAGAUGGAAUUUUCAUCUCUCAAGAAGGUUAUGCUAAAGAAGUUCUCAAAAGGUUCAAGAUGGAUGAUAGCAACCCGGUGAGCACUCCCGUGGAAUGUGGAGUCAAAUUAUCAAGAUAUGAAGAUGGAGAAAAG